AUGGCACUGCGCUGCUCCCCCCGACUUCUGCGCACGGCGACGGCCGGCCUGCUGCGCCAAGGCGCCCCAGCCGCAGCCCAGAGCCGCUGCCUCAGCUCUGCCCAGAAGACACUGGGCGCCGCCAUCCAGGAGCGCUACGCGUGCAAGGCGUUCCUGCCGGAUGCUGUGCCGGACAAGACGCUGCAGGAGAUCCUCAAGCUCACGCUGAGAGCGCCGACGGGCUUCAACACGCAGCCGUACGCCUGCGUGCUGGUGCGCGAGCAGAAGGACCGCGAGAAGCUGGCCGAGGCCAUGAUGGACAGCAACGCCCGCAAGGUCAAGGAGGCCCCCGUGGUGGCGGUCUUUGCAGCCGACUGCGAGCCGAGCAAGCGCGUCCCGCGUCUGCAGAAGCUGGCGCACGACAACGGCGCCCCUGUGGACUUCGUGAGCAAUAUGCCGCACGUCGUUCGCCUCUUCUCGGGUGAGGGCGUCGUUGCAAGCGGCCUGCGUGCUGCCAUUGCCACUGCAGUGUCGCCGCUGCAGCCGGCGCCCUCGAACGUGUCGACGGAGGCGUGGGCCUACAAGCAGACGACGUUCGCGGCUGCCACCUUCUUGUAUGCCGCACAGGUGCAUGGCCUCGCGACGUGUCCGAUGGAAGGCUUUGACCAGAUCCGCGUGAGGAACGCGCUCGAUAUUCCGGACCGCUACGGCGUGCCGGUGGUGAUCGCUCUGGGCCACCCGAACCCGGCUGCUAGGCCGGAGAAGCCGUCAGCGAGGCUGGACCCCACCGAGGUGUUCUUUGACGGCAAAUUUGGAGACUCGAGCGAGAAGAUUUUCUCGGAUAAGUAA